CCUCCUCACUCCUCCUCCACCACACACUGAAAGCAAGAGUUUUUCCGUGGAGUUUGCUGUGGCUCUGACUGACUCACUCACAUCAACCAGGUUUUUUUUUUAAGACUCGGAGAAGUCGAUUCAACCGAAAGAACUUCUCGCCAGCUUGAGCGGGAGCAACAGCAGCAGCGGUCGGUUUAAAAAAACAUUGCGACCGUUAACAUUUGAAUUUCCAUCUCGAGACAAUUUUUAUUUUGGUGGAGUUCAGGCUCUAAAACAACAACAACUCACUCGCUGUACGUGCAUAUAACAAGGUUGUUGAUACAGGUUGUUACAGAAAUGGCCGAUACAACCGCGUCCAGCUCCGCCGCUAACUGUGUGGAGAAGCUGAAAAGUUACGUGAAGACCCAGAAAGGGAUUAUACUGGCAACAGAAAUACUCCUCAGUUUAAUCAUCCUCAUCUGCUAUGCCGCGUCUCUGUACGGAGGAUACUCUGCUGUGGCCAUCUGUGAGAUGAUCUUCUCCAUGAUUUUCUUUGGCAUCUUCAUGAUGGAGCUGGACAAGCAGAUCCUAGUGGUCAACUGGCUCUGGACUGAUCUUUUCCGCGCUGGUGUCGGUGCCCUCCUUUACAUCAUCACCUCUCUGAUUUGUGUCAUUGGCGGAGCCGGGGACGGCGCUCGUAUCGCAGGCGGGGUGUUUGGUUUGAUCGCUGGUCUGUUGUUUGCUUACGACACUUACACCAUCUACAUGCAAAUCAAGAGCAGCAGGCAGCACAAUCCAGCUCCCACCCAUGACUCAGUUUAAACACAGACGCGUGCACUUGUGUCAAGAACAUUGAGGAGGACUGAGAAGAUAUUUUGUGGCGAUUUUAACAGAAGGGUGGAGCAGAGGAAACGAUGGACAGUAAAAACAAAUGGAUCACAGUUUUUUUGUUUUUUUUCAAUGCCACUGAAAGGUUUGAGCAGAUGAGAGAUUUGUUUUUAAGGCCGUGUCUGAUGGAAGGAUGACAUAGCCAAACGUGAGUGUCAGACAUAACCCCGUCUACCACACGAGGAAACCCUCUCAGACACUUUUAGUCCAACCUCAACGUACCACUGAUUUAAAAAAAAAAAGAAAAGAAAAGGGAAACUGUAAACGAUACAGUGUAAAACUUAAUUUGAUGUCGUGGAGCUUGUCUGAUACAUGUCUCCUGUUAACACACUGCUGUAUUAAGUCGUAACCGUGUCACCUGAACUAAAAGGUGUAAUAGACACAUGAAUGGGUGGUUUAGAAAUGGUUGAACAUAAUUAUGCUCCUCUUCAGUUUGGUAUCUUGAGUUUUCACAAUGUUUUAAACAUUUCCUGCUGUUACUUAAUCAUUACUUCCUGUGUGUUGCAGUGCCUUGAAGUCUCAUUUACAUUAACCAUUACCUUACCCUGUUCCAUCUUUUACACAUGAAGUGGCCUUCUGUCUUGUAUCAGCAAUCUUUUUGGGUGUUUUUCUACUAAUCAGGGUUUAGUCCACAUCAUUGGCAACCAUAGAUGUCCAUUAACUGUCAACAUGUUCCUAAUUUGAGUCUCUGCUUUCGCCUGUCUACUUUGAUUCUCAGGCGAGAUAAGAUUAGAUUAAGUUUAAUUGCUCCAGCACUGGAAAUUCAUGUGUUAUAGCAGCAAAUAUUCAGUGACAAAUAGAAAAUAGGUGUUGAAUAAACAGAAAUAUAUAAACUCAGAAUAUUCAGAUUUAAGAAAACAAAAAAGAAUGAAAACUAUUUGAAAAUAAUAUUUACAUAAUGCCCGUAUACAAACCUUUCACUGCAGAGAUUACAUGAAAAUUGCUCAGGUUGUGUUUUUCUUUUCUCUUACAUUUUGUGUGCCUAAUAUUUUUUAAAUAGUUAGUUUUUACAGUCCAGUUGUGAAAUAAUUUUUAUAAUAAGUUUUUGAGUUUUAUCGGGCCGAUGAACUAAGAACAAACAUCUGAAGAAAUAUCAAAUAGAUGACAUAUUAUGAAUCAUAAGUAUGUUCUGUAUCUGUUUCCUGUACCCUUUCUGUAUGAUCUGUCUAAAACAUUCUUCUUGUUACCGUCUUGUUACCACAAUGAUGUUUCCUAACAGGUUUUUCAUGAGUCUGCAGUUUGUAAUUUUGUAAUUUAAAGCAUGCCAUGCUUUGGGGAAAUAAAAGCCAUUGUCACUGCAAA